AUGGAUGGUGGAUGUAAAGUAGGGCUGAAAGAAUUGCAACCAAGCGGCGAUGAAUUACUGAUAUCAUUAGUGAAAAAUUAUUUAAAAUAUUCGCCUGAUGCGGAUAACAAAAUCACUAUUAGGUUUCGUUCACCUUACUUACAAACCACAAAGCAUGAUGCACGUGGUGAUGCAGUAGCAUUGAUUGUUGAACACUUGCAUCAAAGAGGAUUUCCACCUUCAGCGGCUUAUACAAUAGCAUAUUCAUUAGUGGAUAUGUAUGCAAAUGAACUAAACACAGCGGAGGUACCAUUUGAUGAAAAUGAUUAUAGUGCUAUUGAUGCCACGGUUUGGUGUCGUGAAGUUAUACAUUAUUUGAAUAUGUAUCUCAACAAUUUGGUAAACAGUUUUGUUCCACCACCAAAGAUUCAGUCAAUUUCCGAUCAGCUGUUGUAUUCGUACUGUGCCCAGAAAAAUAGACGUUCCAAAAUGGAAGAUCGUGCAGUUCUUCUGCCCUCACUUUCCGUCAUUGAGCCAUUAAAGGGUGAUUGCCGUGAUCGCGAUUCGUUUUUUGCCGUAUUUGAUGGACACAAUGGAGUCGAUUGCGCCAAUUAUGCAAGCUCCCACUUUGCGAGAUGCCUUAUUGAAAAUACGCAAUACGCUGUUGGCCAAAUUGAAAAUAUAAUGAGAAAUACCUUUACUGAGCUUGAUAAAAGACUUACUGCACGAUGUAAAAAUGAGCAUAUAAAAGGCGGUACUACCGCUGUUUGUGCUUUUUUACGAGCUCAAAGGCAUUUGUGUGUUGGUUGGUGCGGUGACUCAGCUGCAGCUGUUUUAAGAAAAGAUGCUGUACGGACAUUAUCAUCAGCCCACUCACCAAAUGUUCCGGAAGAAGUACGUCGAAUAGAAGAAGCUGGCGGAAUGGUUGUGCCUAUACAAGGCGAGCUGAGAGUUAAUGGAAUUUUAAAUCUAACACGUUCUCUCGGUGAUAUUGAUGGCAGACCGAUGAUAUCAUCUGAGCCAGAUGUUUUGUCGUUUGAACUUGAUAAUUCUGAAUACCUUUUAUUAUUAGCUUGUGAUGGUGUUUGGGAUUCACUAAGUGAACAAGCAGUGUAUUCUCAUGUUGCCCAAUUUGUUUGUAAGAAUUCACAAGAAAAUUAUGGUAAGUUGGCAGAGUUCAUCGUUGAUCGAGCCAGAGAAGCAGGGGCGACAGACAAUUUAACGCUUAUCUGUGUUUUUCUAAGGCCCGUGGAAGAUUUAUGGAACCUGUUCACUGCUGAAACUUAA